AUGACAGACGAGCCGUCGUGUUUGAACCAACUGAACUCCUUCCGACACCCAACCGCUAGUGUCGGACCUGUCACUCACCAAAACGUCAGUUGCUCCAAUGAAUUAUGCAAACGGUUCUCGUCCAAUUUGGAUAUGCAAAUCAGACAGCCUCCUGCCACUCAGGGAUGGGUCAUCUACUGUCCUGUGUGCCGGCAGCAGUGCUACACCUCGGACAUCAUUGAAAAUUACUUCAUGAGAGAUGGGGUGGAGCUGGACAGUGCCUCGAAUAACAAGGCGAGCCAGGUGUGCACGAGCUGUGAAGACAAUGCAAUGGCCUCGAGUUUCUGCGUGGAGUGUGUGGAGUGGCUGUGCGAUGCCUGUGUGGAAGCUCACCAGAGAGUCAAGUUUACCAAGGACCACACCAUGAGCGCAAAGAACCCAGGACUCCUGGGAGAUGGGAAGACUGCGUGCGAACGUCCUGUGUUCUGCUCCAUUCACAAACAGGAACCCCUGAAGCUCUUCUGCGAAACGUGUGAUACGCUGACGUGCCGGGAUUGCCAGUUGCUGACUCACAAAGACCACAGGUACCAGUUCCUGGAGGAAGCCAUUCAGAAUCACAAGAUGACUCUGGAGAACCUGGUGACGAGGCUGACUGAGAAGAAAUCUCAGCUGCAAGCAACAACCAAGCAAGUGCGCACCAGGUUAAGAGACGUUCAGGAGAUGCAGAAGAAAGUUCAGGUGGAAAUCAAGAUGGCCAUCCUGCAGAUAAUGAAGGAGUUAAAUAAGCGAGGCAAGACACUCAUCCAAAGAGUCGAGAAACUGGCUGAGGAGCAGCAGAUGAAGCUGGAGCAGCAGCACCUGUCAAUGUCAAAACUGCACCGGCAAAUGGACCACGCCUUGAGGUUUGCCUCCUGGGCAAUCAACAGUGACAACACUACAGCCUUGCUGCUCUGCAAGAAACUGAUCUUUUACCAGUUGCACCGAGGGAUCCAGUCUCGAGUCACCACUGAAGAGCUGAGGAAUGAUAUCAUUACCUUUCUCUGGGACUCUGCUUUCUGGACCAAGAAUGCAGCCAACUUUGGCAACGUUCUCAUUGAGGUCCCCCCGACUCUGUCGACUCACGGCUCGAUCCCACACCUGUCCAUGUCCGGGCACUGCCCUCAGCCACAACUCUCCCAACAGGCUCAUGGCAGGGGGGCCGUGCCUCAGGGAAACGUCUGGCGAGGACAUGUACCCCUGCAGUCCUCGCACCGCGUCGCGCCCCCCACUUACCAGCAGAACCUCGGCCAACAGCUGGCACCCCCGCGCCACCCUCACCCUCCUCCUCCUCCGCGCAGCAGCAGCAGCAGCAGUUGUCCAUACGCCAGUCACACACGGCAGCAGCAACAUCAUCAUCAACAGCAGCAGCAGCAGCAGCCACAACAGUUGAUGGACCAGUGGCUGAUAAUGCCACAGAUGAAUGGCGUGCAGGUACACCAGCCUCAGGGGCAAAUCAUGGGCACUGCCAAGCAACAGAUGCAGAUGAGCGGGCAUCAGUCUUCCACCUCUUUGUACCAACAACCUCAAGUUAACAGCAAGCUGCCUUCCCCCACCGCACGGCACCACACAGCCAUUGGACCGAGCACCUCUGGCAGCGGACAGUCCCAUCCCGUGUCGGUCAUGCACAGCAGCACCCCCCUGCAGCACGGGCCCGGUAAUAAUGCUCCCCACAGACCCUCGCCUCCAGUGCAGCAAACUCCCCUUAGGCCCAGCAUAGCCUCCAGUCGACAGCUACUGACCAACACAUCGCAACGAGUGCAUCCUAGCAUCCCGGCCCCUCAGAACACUCCAGCGAGUGGAACUUGCCGUCAGUCUCCGACGACAGGCCGCCGCAUUGGCAACAGCCCCGUAGACCAGCUGAAAAUGUUGGUGCAGCACGCCACCUCCUACCCCUGCGUCAUCCUGCCCCGCAGAGAAGGUCCUGCCAACGCCAGUGAUCUUCUGCUCAGACAGUAUUCCUGCCCGGGUCCUUCUCUGGGGCCAGAACAGGUGUCGAGGGACGAGAGUUUACUCUACUCUCUGGUCCUGACCCCCGAUGGAGCGUUACAAUGGUCUGAACCGGGUUCGGAAGGCUUCAUUGAGGGGCAGCCUGAAUACAACCACCCUCGCGUGUUUGCAGAACCAAGGAGGGACAUGCCCUUCAAGCUAUCGGACGCUUUCAGCUGCACGGAGCAGGGAGAGCCGAGAAAUGUCCUCAAAGACCUCCAAGACACUGCAGAGCCCGGACACGUCUCCUUGCCCCAGAUUUCUACCGAGUGUGAAGCUGACAGCUCCAGCCCCAGUGUUAAACCCAAGCAGCCGAUGAAGGUGCCUUACGUGCGGUUGGAGCGGCUGCAGAUCGACCUGUCCAGCGACACCCAGCUCCCGACCUUCAAGCUCUUACCGGGAAACGGCCAGGAUGAAUUCAGCCUGAUUGUCAUCGAGGGAGACGGCUUGCCUUUGAAUCCCGUCUUCACGGCGCCAACUCUGGAGAGCACACUGACGCCACCCAACUCUGCCUCGCCCGCUUCCGUGACGGAGAUCGAGUUCAUGUUCCACGAGAGGACGGAGGUGCCCGGCAAGCGGAGCCACCAUGCCCUGAGCCCCACGCCUUCCCCCAGUGAGAAGUCCCCAGGGAGCAUCCCCGACGUCAAGUCCUUCCCGCCGUGCACCGCCAGCGAGAAGAGCGAAGAGCCGGACGAGGCGGGCUGCUGCGCCGUGUGCAGGCGGAGCGGAGAUCUCGCCUGUUGCAAUCGUUGCCUAAAGCUAUUCCACGCGGACUGCCAUGUUCCUGCAAUGCCCAGCCUGCCCGGCGCUGAAUGGACGUGCUCUAUGUGCAAAGAUGCAGAGGAGACGGAAGUACAGGAGUGUUCGGACUCAGCAGGGAGCAGUAGCAGUACCGAGGUGGACAGCCUCUCCUCUCCCGAUCAGAAGAGGUGCGAGCGAUUGCUGCUCCUUCUGCUGUGUCACAAGCUGAGCCAGGCCCUGCACAGUCCAGUAGACGUCUCGCAGCUGCAACAUCCACACGUGGAUGUAUCGUCCAUCAGAGAGAAACUGCAGAGGACGAGCUCCGUGCGUUACCGUUCCCCCGAGGAGUUUGUGUUGGAGAUGAGAUUGAUGUUCAGGAUAUUUGGUAAACUGGUUCAGGACGACCAGGUCACUCAGUCGGUGCUGGCGUUGGAGUCCUACUUCGAGGAGAGACAGUCGGACGCGUUCAGUGGCACAACCCGCCCGUCGAUCGCAACGUGCGAGCAGGAGACCGAGACGGCCGCUGGACCUCCCCUCGAUGACAGUCCCACGCAGCCCAAGAAAAGACGUCUAGACGAGGAGCACAAGGCCCCAGGGGAGGGUUGAGGAGCGACCUUCGCGCUCUCAGUGAGACUCGGGAGCUGCGAUUAAAUAUUUAAGAAGCCUUAGCAGCCGGCGCUGAAACCGAUGCCCUUGAAAGUACAAACUUGGGGCCAAAAAGCUGCCAAAACAAAGGGAUUUUCAGCUGCGUGGAGGCAGAGGUGCUUAUAUAAGCUGCUGGCUGGGGGGCCGAGGGACUAACUCCCUUUGGUACCUGGCUUUAUCGGACUUUUACCCACCAUUUUUUUUUAAAACUAUGUGUAAAACUGUAUUAAAGGAUUUGCUAGUGUGUUAGG